AUGGCACAAACAGAUGCUAACACUGGAAUGGUUCUUUUGACUGGAAAUUCUCAUCCAGAAUUAGCUCAACUUUUGGCAGAGAAAUUGGGAAUUUCUCUUUGUGAUGCAACAGUUAUAAAUCAGGCAAAUAAAGAAACUGCUGUUGAUAUAAGGCAAAGUGUUCGUGGAAAGCAUGUAUUUAUUCUCCAAACUGCCAAUAAAAAUGUUAAUAAUAAUGUUAUGGAAAUGCUUAUUUUGAUAUAUGCUUGCAAAACAUCAAUGGCAAAAACAAUAACAGUCGUCUUACCUUACAUGCCUUACAGCAAACAAUGUAGAAUGUUUAGACGUUCUUCUGUUCCAAUGAAAUUAGUAGCCGAUAUGAUAUGCAAAGCUGGUGCUUCUCGUGUUGUCUCUUUGGAUUUAUAUCGAAAGGAGAUACAAGGCUUUUUUGGAAUUCCUGUGGAUAAUUUACGUGCUUCUCCAUUCCUUUUACAUUAUAUUAUUGGAAAUAUUCCCGAUUAUAAAGAUGCUGUUAUUGUAGCAAAAAAUCCGGGAGUGAUGAAUAAAGCAACUUCAUACACUGAUCGACUAAAACUUGGUUUUUAUUUUUUAUGA